GGCGGUUGCCGUGGUAACGGCGGGCCUGGCGGCCAUGGAGGGCGGCGGGCGGCCCUCGGCCGCGCAGGCCGUGCUCUUGGCCGCCAGCACCGCCAUCACCGCCCUGCUCUACUCCGUCUACCGGCAGAAGGCUCGCGUGGCCCGCGGGCUCGAGGGCGCCAGGAAAGUCCGGCUGGACGGGGACCUGCGGGCCGUGCUGCUGGAGGCGCCUGGACGCUGCGUGCCCUAUGCGGUCAUAGAAGGUGUGGUGCGGUCGGUGAAGGAGACCCUGAGCAGUCAGUUUGUGGAGAACUGCAAGGGGGUGGUUCAGAGGCUGACACUGCAGGAGCACAAGAUGGUGUGGAACAGAACCACCCACCUCUGGAACGACUACGAGAAGAUCAUCCACCAGAGAACCAACACCACCCCCUUCGACCUGGUCCCCGCCGAGGACGGCGCCGGCGUCACCGUGCGGGUGGUGAAGCCUCUGGAGGCCGCUGAGCUCAGCCUGGAGACGGUGUAUGAGAAAUUCCACCCCUCUGUCCAAUCCUUCACCGAUGUCAUCGGCCACUACAUCAGCGGGGAGCGUCCCAAGGGCAUCCAGGAGACGGAGCAGAUGCUGAAGGUGGGCACGGCCCUGACUGGGGUGGGAGAGCUGGUGCUGGACAACGCCACCAUCAAGCUGCAGCCCCCGAAGCAGGGCAUGCCUUACUACCUGAGCUCCCUGGAUUUCGAGUCCUUGCUGCAGAAACAAGAGUCCAGCGUCCGGUUUUGGAAAAUCCUGACGGUCGUUUUCGGCUUUGCCACCUGCGCCGUGCUCUUCUUCCUGCUGCGGAAGCAAUACCGGCACCACCGCGAGAGGCAGCACCUGCGGCAGAUGCAGGAGGAAUUCCGGCAAGCCCAGGAGCGCCUGAUGAACACGGAGGGCGGGGAGAUUCUCAAAAACGCCUGCGUGGUCUGCUUGAGCAGCACCAAAUCCUGCGUUUUCCUGGAGUGUGGCCACGUCUGCUCCUGCCACCAGUGCUACCAGGCACUUCCCGAGCCCAAAAAGUGCCCGAUCUGCAGGCAGGGCAUCACCAGGGUGGUUCCCUUGUACAACAGUUAAUUUUUGCUGAUUCUCGGGCGGGGAGAUUCUGGAUUUAAAGCUGCUGCUGCUGGCAAAGGGGUUUUGUCACCUUGGAUUUUGGGGAAGGGGAGGGAGCUUGAAGAAGGGGGUGCUUCAGCAGGGGGGCAGAGCUGAGGCUGAAAAGGUGACUCUGCAGCUGCUCAGAGGUGUUUUUGGGAGAUGAUUCCUUGCAAAGGGUGAGGUGCUCGGGGAGAGAUGCAGGUUCGAGGCUCUUCUGUUAAGGUUUGGACUCCCAGGCUUUGUGUCAUGGUUACAGAGCCUGUGGCCCCUUACCCAGGUGAUAAAAACGUGGGGGAAACAAAAAUAAAAUAUAUGAAGGGUUCUGAGAGGCUGCAGGAUUCCUGUGAGGCUGCCAGAGGGGGCUGCAAGGCCUAGCAGAGCAGGAGGGGCUGUCAGAGAGCUCGUCCCAGGGGUUGUGAACUCAGGUAAUUCUGUGAUCCCCCCGAAAUGGCUCUGUCACAGCAGGAUGUGGGGAUGUGAGGAUGCUGUGGCUGAUGGCUGUGCUUGGCUUGGGACAGCAAACAGGGUGUGAAGUAAUAAAAUAGGAUGAAAAGCG